CGACCAAUUAGAUGCAUUUGUUUAGUUUGUCGGGGUCGGGUCGGAAGUUACGAAAAAAUCAUAAAGAGGAAAUCUUCACACGAUAUCCUCUAUAAAACUUUAGUUUUGUUGUAUCAUACAUUAAUCUAAAAAUAAUGUCUAUAAAUUUAAGAACUGUUUAUGCAUUUGCUCGGGAAAUGUACCCGAAGAAAUCAAAUGAUCCCAUACAAUAUGGAACAGCCGGAUUUCGUGGCAAGGCCGAAAACUUGGACAGUACUAUGUUUCGGAUGGGCGUAUUAGCCACACUAAGAUCCCGUAUACUUGGCGGUUCGGUUAUUGGUGUUAUGAUCACUGCAUCUCACAAUCCUGAACCGGAUAACGGUGUUAAACUCAUUGAUCCGAAAGGUGAAAUGUUGGAUCCAAGUUGGGAAGUCAUUGCGACGGAAUUAGCCAAUGUAACAGACCAAGAGCUGGAAGCACAGGUUGGAAAAAUUAUUCGAGAAAACAACAUAGAUGUUAGUUCUUCGUCAAAUGUUUAUGUCGGCAUGGAUAAUCGCUAUCAUAGCCCAAGGCUCUUAAAGGCAGUUGCCGAUGGCGUUAUAGCGUUAAAGGGGAAUGUGAAAGAGUUCGGUAUUGUCACAACACCAAUGGUGCAUUAUUUUGUUGUUGCAGCUAAUACCAAAUGCGCCUAUGGACAACCCACUGAGGAAGGCUACUAUUCCAAGCUCAUAACUGCAUUUAAUUCCCUAAGAGAAGAUAAACUGGAAAAUGGCAAUUAUAAGAAUCGUUUGUUGUUUGAUGGUGCUAAUGGCGUAGGGGCACGAAAGAUGUUGCAGUUUAUAAAGAGAAUGAAUAGCACAUUGAAUGUUGAAGUUUUCAACAAGGGCGAUGGUAAAAUAAAUCACGAAUGUGGAGCAGAUCAUGUUAAAGUUCUUCAAAAGCCUCCUAUCUAUAUGCCCAUUGCUGAACCGUUCACGCGAUGCGUCAGCGUCGAUGGGGACGCGGACCGUGUGGUUUACUUCUUUACCGAUGACAAAGGGGUCUUCCAUUUAUUGGAUGGUGAUCGCAUUGCAACGCUGGUAGCUGAUUUUCUAAUGGAUACGGUUAAACGAUGUAGUCUAGAGUUAAAAUUGGGAUUGGUUCAAACAGCCUAUGCAAAUGGUGCUUCUACAGAUUACAUUGUCAAUAAAUUAAAAGUGCCUGUAGCAUGUGUGCCAACCGGAGUAAAACAUUUACAUCACAAAGCCUUAGAAUUCGAUAUAGGUGUGUAUUUUGAAGCAAACGGCCACGGUACGGUAAUAUUUAGUGAUGAUGCCAAAAACUUAAUCAAAAAAGCAGCCGAAGAUGGGAACGAAGAAGCGAAAAAGUUUUUACUGAUAAUCGAUGUAAUAAAUGAAACUGUUGGCGAUGCCAUUUCCGAUAUGUUAUUGGUGGAAACCAUACUCAAUCACAAAGGUUGGGAUGUAGCUGAUUGGCUAGCCUGUUAUGAUGAUUUGCCUAAUUUACAAUUGAAGAUAAAGGUACAAGAUCGUAAUGUUAUAACAACCUCUGAUUCGGAACGCGUCUGUGUUACACCUGUGGGUCUGCAGGAAGCCAUAAACCAAGCAGUGUCCAAUUACAAACGAGGUCGCUCGUUUGUACGACCAUCAGGAACAGAAGAUGUUGUCAGAGUAUAUGCUGAGGCAGCCACAAAAGAGGAUUGCGAAAGUCUGGCGUAUGAUGUUGGCAUUUUAGUGCAUAAGAUGGCCGGUGGCGUGGGCCCCGAACUUGUCCAUCCCAAUAACACGGUUAAAGCUCAUUUUUAAAUAUUUCUAUGUAACAAAACUUUGCCUGCCUUUAAGGAAAAUUAAGAUAUAUGUUCUUUUAAGAGCCCAGUGUUAUCUCACGUAUUUUUAUAUGCAUAUAUAUAGAAACUGUUUUUGUUUUACCUAUCUAUUUUAUUCAACUCACCACAUGUGGUCAUUUUGUAUUAUUGUAGAGCAACAAAUGUUUAAUGGAGAUUAUUAAUACUUAAUACAAGUUUAACUUUUGUCAAACCAA